AAAUAAAACCAUAUAGUUAUCGAAUUAAAUCAUACACUAGAGCUGUCAUACACAAUUUAUUUCAUUUUACGGAAGUUAGUGGUUGACUUCCGGUAAUUUACCUCUUUCCCGAUUGUAAAUAUGGCGAACACCAAGAAGCAGGCGCCGAAGGUACCAGAAACUCUUCUUAAAAGAAGGAAGAAGAAUGAACAAGCCCGGGCCAAGCAAAUCAAGGCCAAUCUAGCAUCAAAGAAGAAACUUCAAGACAAGAAAAGAGUCAUCUUCAAGCGUGCAGAGAAGUAUGUGAAGGAAUACCGCGCCAAGGCCAAGUCGGAGAUUAAUCUUGCUAGACAGGCAAAGAAAUCUGGCAACUUCUAUGUUCCAGCAGAGUCUAAACUAGCUUUUGUCAUGAGAAUCAGAGGUAUAAAUGGUGUACAUCCACGUCCCAGGAAGAUUUUACAGUUGUUGCGACUUCGUCAGAUCAACAAUGGUGUGUUCAUUAAGCUGAAUAAAGCUACAGUACAGAUGCUGAGAAUUGCAGAGCCUUUCAUCACAUGGGGAUACCCCAAUUUGAAGAGUGUCCGAGAAUUGAUCUACAAGAGAGGGUAUGGAAAAGUCAAUGGCAGAAGAAUACCACUUACAGAUAACUCCAUCAUUGAGAAAGUACUAGGAAGCAAAGGUAUCAUCUGUAUGGAAGACUUGAUCCAUGAGAUCGUAACUGUAGGACCUAACUUCAAAGAGGCCGCCAACUUCCUCUGGCCAUUCAAGCUAAACACACCAAACGGAGGCUGGAGACGUAAAUACAACCAUUUCAAUGAUGGUGGGGAUUGUGGACUCCGUGACGCCCAGAUAAACCCGUUAUUGAGAAAUAUGGUUUAAAUUAUUUGUACACAUGGACCUUCAGUGCUGGAAAAAAAUAAAGAGAAAAAUCCCUA